AUGAACAUGGGUACACAGAGGGCUGUCAAACAACAGCUCCUCCGAAGCCGCCGCCAUUUUCCGCCCCCGCCGGAUCGCUGCUGUGCCUCGGCGGCCGCUCGCUUCCCUACUCUGCAGCCUGAGCCACGGGCGCCGCCCGGCCCUAAGAGGGAGGCCCUGGCCGGAACGUGCGGGGACGGCAGCUGCAACGUCAGGAAGGCCAGGCUCCGACCCCGCCCGCAGUGCCCCGGCGCCGACAGCUUGCGCCAGCCGGCGGGUGCUAGCGGGCAGCAAGGGGGCCGGACAGGCUCCACUGGGCGGAGCGGCCCUGACGGCGGUUGGGACCUGAAGGUUCCAUCGCACUUACUUCCUGUUUUGGGUCCGGGCACUUUGGAAGAACCAGGAUGGAGGCUCCAAAAAAUACCAGGAUGGAGGAAGCAGCCACGGGCGAGAGUGGCUGCAGCUGGAGUGAGCGAGCGCGACAAGCCACCGGAAACGGAGCUGCAGCCGCGCCCCGCCCCCAGCUCCCCGCACGCUGCCCCUCCCGCUCUUCUGUCCCGCGGGCGGCCCCGCGCGCUGUCUGCACGCGUCACUUCCGGCCGUGUCGGCGCGCGAAAAAAGUUCUUGGGUUGGAACGUUGAUACUAGUCUGUGGCGGUGUUUGUCGGCUGUCCUUCUCUGCUACGAAAUCUCGGCACUGACUGUCCCAUUGCUGAUGCUAUAAAAGAGGUCCUUCUGCUAUGACGCAACUGUGGUUCCUCUGGUUCUGGGGACUUAUGCCCCGCGUGCCGAUUUUCAUAGUUCCAUGUGGCUCCGAGCCGAGGGAGCCGCGGUGUGGAAAGAAGGGAACCGAUGAUGUCAGUGCUGAAGAAAACGGAGUGUGUGUCUUCAUGCUUGAUUUCCCUUGCCGCAGGGGCUUAAAAUGAGAUGUCUGGGCGUGAGAAGUCGUUCUUGAUGAAAUGUGUCCUCUGCGAGUGUGGUCUCGCUGUUAGACUUGGAAGAUACUAUUUUGCUGUGCCCAGUUCCUCUUGAAAGUACAGAUGCUCCUUGGGUUGCGAUUUCGUUUUAAUACCCUUAUAAACGAAAAGGAUAAGCCUUUGGGUUCUGUAAUGUGAGCCAGCAUUCUUUGAGUACUUACAUGUCAGGAACCGAAGAGAAGUGAAGGAAUGUGUCCAAGGGCUCCCAAGUUGGCGGUGGAAUUAGAAUUGAAGCCUCAGCUCCAGAGCCUGUGUUCUGAACGACCCGGUUGCAGCUCACAAAAUACACUUUGGCAGUACUUUCAUAACGAAAACAAAUGAUUACAACUAGUUUACAAAUGCUUUACUUUACUGGAGGAUCGACAUGUUUGACUGAUUUUCAAAAAUAAAUGUCAGAAGCAGCAUUUUCUUGUGUUGAUAACUUUAUUACUAAUUUGUGGCACUCUGCAUUCUGUUGGAGUUAACCUGUAUAUCAUUCCAUUUUUUAAUAAGUACAUAAUAAUGUUUAUGUAAGCAAAACUAUGAGGCAGAAUAGUAUUGUGGUUUGGACUCGGCAGUCAGACCUGAGUGUGAAUCUUGGCUCAAUUUCUUAGUAGUGGAUAUGGCACUUCACCUCUUUUAGCUUCGUUUACUUUAGAAAAAUGGGAGUAAUAAGACCUACCCUCCAGACAACAUAUUUUGCAUAGAACCUGACAUGUAUUAAGCAUUAAAAAUGGAAACUAAUAAACCUUAAAGCCAGAAAAGCAAUACAACUACUCAAAGAGCAGUUCUAAUAAAGUAAUAAUUACAUAUGCAAAAUUGUUGACAUUAACACUGAUUAGAAGGUGAUUCCUAAUGAGCCACAUUUUUUCAUAAGACAUAACCAUAUAGGAUUCUUUUUACUAAGGCAUAAAAUAGUGAUAUAUAAAUUAUAGUCGAGCUGUCCAUUCUCUUCUACUAAAUUUUAGGUCAGCCUGCACCCUGCUAAUUCCCCCCAAAAAGUCAAGUUCAUCCUCAUAACUAAAUUCUCCCUUUCUGGUUGAGUUUGUUUUAUAACAACCUUUUCCCAAGUCAGUUGGUAUUUAUUUAGGGAUGACAAGUGUAUUUUAAUAUUAAUACAUAAUUUUUAAAAAAAGUAACAUCUCUAUCCCUUUAACUUGAAUAAUCAAUGUAAAGACUAUCCAUAACACAACUUGAUUCCUAGAGCAAUUUUCUGCAGUUCUACUUCUAUGUUAUCCGUACCUCAUUACCUAGUCAAUGUGUACCUAGGGAAUGGAUGAGGUUUUAAAUAUUAUCCAAGGAUUUACCUAUUUAGGAAUUAAAUGUUUUGUAGAAAAAUCAUUAGAAAUAUUUCUAUCCUAAAUAAUUAUGAAAGUAUUUAUAGCAUAGCUAUGGUAUUUACUGCAUUUGCUAGUUAAAAUUGACUUUGUUGAACUCCAGAUGUUUAUAACACUUUCAUGAACCUCAUCAGUUAUUGAAUGAUGAUGAAAUUGCCUUUUAUGACAGGUUGAUAUAUUAAUAUAAAGUAUUUCAAAUACUGAGAAGCAGGUUCUGUUGGUUCAUGAUCCUCUCAUGCUAAUUCAGAAAAAAGAUGUUUAUAAGCUUUUGUUCAAAGUAAAAGAAAACUACAAUUA